AUGAAGACAAAUGCUGGAGUUGUCAUCACUGGACAGCGAGUGACGCUUGUGCCGUAUGAGGAGGAGCAUGUGGCCAAGUACCACAAGUGGAUGCAAGAUCCCUGGCUGCAAGAGAUGACGGCGUCGGAGCCUCUGCCACUUGAAGAAGAGAUGGAGAUGCAAAAGUCAUGGAGAGAAGAUGCCGAGAAAUGCACUUUUAUCGUGUUGGCAAAUGCUGAGGGUGACGGCCAGCCGGGGACUUCCUACGUCGACGAUAGCGCUAUUGGCCGUAUGGCCGGGGACAUCAACCUGUUCUUCAACGACUAUGACGAUCCUCAAGCUUGUGAGCUGGACAUCAUGAUUGCAGAGAAGAAAUAUCGUCGCAAAGGCUUCGCGGAAGAGGCAGUACAGCUUCUGAUGGCUUACGCUACGGUGACUCUACGUGUCUCCCGAUUCUUUUGCAAGAUCACCGAGACAAACACCGCCUCACUUCAGCUCUUUGACAAGCUGGGAUACAUCAAGUACAACUACGUUGCUGCAUUCAGCCAGGUAGAAAUGGAGCUGGUCACCAAGGACAAGCAUGCCGAUCUCGUCGAUGCCGUUCUUGAAUUUGCUGUUAUUCAUGCACGGCAAUCGAUCAAGUAG